AUUUAUAUUAGUGGCAACGCCACAUACAUUAGGUUUCCACAUUUUAUGGCAACUGGUUUAAAAACAGCUGAUUUAGUAUACAAUUCUGCCGGUUUGUUGUUUAUAAACAAUAUUAAAGUGACUGGAAGUAAUUCGGUUCUAUUUUAAAAUGCAAAAUUAUGUAUGGCUAUUAUUGUUACCAAUAUUGUAUGUAGCAUAUUCACUACCACUAUUUUUACGUGUUUACGCUACAACACAUUCCGUAAUAGAUGAAGAAUUUCACUUAAGACAAGGAUUACAUUUUUGUAAUAAACGUUUUGAUAUUUGGGAUCCCAAAAUAACUACAUUUCCUGGGUUGUAUUUGAUAUCGCUGGUGCUUAACCCGAUAAAUUCUUGCUCCGUUUUAGGCUUACGAUUAAUAUCUUUUACAUCUGCAGUUAUAAAUGUAGUACUACUCUACAAAAUUCGGCGACGAAAUCUAAAAAGAUCCAAAAGUUCUUUGGCUGCACUUGAUGCAUUUACAAUAGCCGCAUUACCACCUUUAUACUUUUUUAGUCACUUGUACUACACAGAUACUAUCUCGUUGACAACAAUUUUGUUAUUUUAUUACUUUUGGCAGAAAGAAUCACAUUUGCAAGCUGCAGUUUAUGCUGCUGCUAGUGUAUUAAUGCGGCAAACAAAUGUUGUUUGGGUGGGCAUGGCUUUUGGUAUAAUGUCAUUAGAUGUGCUAAUUAAAAAUUAUGCUGCAUUCAAAAGAAUAAAAUAUCAUCAGGUGCAAACUUUUAAAGUACAGACCUGGCUGGAAAUACUUACCAAUUUUAAAUUAAUGCUCAGAAGUAUUUGGCAAAUAUUGAAAAAAGGAUGUUUUUAUUUAGUAAUUCUUUUACCUUUUGUUGCUUUUGUUUUUAUUAAUGGUUCAAUCGUUAUUGGUGAUAAACAAGCUCACGAAGCCUCGAUUCAUUUACCGCAGCUAUUCUAUUUUAGCAUUUUUGUACUAAUAUUUGCUAUUUCGAAUUCUAUAAAACAAUUGAAAGUAACUUUACAAGUUAUUUUACAUGAAAAACUUAUAGUACUUUUCGUAAUUGGUGUUUGUGUACUUAUAGUUAAGUGGAAUACCUUGGUACAUCCUUAUUUAUUAGCAGAUAAUCGUCAUUACACUUUUUAUAUAUGGAAUCGAUUAUAUGGACGCUUUAGUUGGUUUAAAUAUGCUGUGACUCCAGUGUAUAUUUUUGCAUUAAUUGCGCUUCAUAAUGGCUUACGACACGAGCGUGAUAGUUUUAAGAUAAUGUAUUGGAUAUCAGUUGUAUUAGUAUUAUGUUUUCAGCGCUUGCUUGAAGUACGUUACUUUCUGGUACCAUUUGUACUAUUUCGAUUACACACAUAUCCAACAGGGAAAAAAAAUAUUAGCCAAUGGCUAGAAUUGGGAUUUUAUUUGGCUUUAAACGCUUUAACAUUUUAUAUUUUCUUUACAAAAGAAAUUAUAUGGCAAGAUUUCAACGAACCACAGAGAAUAAUAUGGUAAAAUAUAUUUUUAAAUCUGAAUUUAAGUAUAUCGGAAAAUAUUUUAUGUGGUUUGCGAUUAUUAAUCACAAUUAAAAAUCAAGACAUUACUUGUACAUUCGGCCCUUUUACUUUCAUAUAAGUUUAAUAU